CGGCGCAGGCGCGCUGGCGGGUCAGCUCAGGAAGAGGAAAAUGGAAUAAACAACCCUCCUGCUGCUGCUGCUGCUGCUGCUGCCGCCGCCGCCGCCACCACCGCCACCGGGACCAGCCACCACCAGCCUGCCCGAGCUGCUUCCUCCCCGCUUCAUUUCCUCGGCGGGCCCCUCCGCGCCACCCUCCCUCCUCCCCCCCCCACCGCUCCAUCCUACCCCCCACUCCUCCCUCCCUCCCUCCCUCCUUCCCUGUUGCCGGAACUCGGGCUGUGACAGCGGCGGCCGUGCUGGCGGCGGCUGCCGCUGUGCCUGCCGCCCGCCUGCCUCUUCAUGGUGCGGUGGCCGGGCGCAGCGGCGGUGCCUCCUGAGGCGGCCUUGCUGCUGCUGCUGCUGUAGCGGCCACCAUGAACAGUGGCGGGCUCCCCUGCUCCUCUCCGGUAGUGGCGGCGGCGGCUGCCGCGGUGGUGGGGCCGCCCCCGGGGCCAGGGGUGCAGGCAGCGGCGGCGGCGGCCCCCGGCGGAGUGAAGCUCAAGUUCUGCCGCUACUACGCCAAGGACAAGACGUGCUUCUACGGCGAGGAGUGCCAGUUCCUGCACGAGGAGCCCGGCGUCGUGGGCGGCGGCUGCAGCGCCGCCUCCGCCGCCUGCCCCGGGCCUCCGCCCCCGGCGGCCCUCGGGGGGCUUCCGCUCGGGCUCCCUCCUGGCCCCGCUGCCCCGCCCGUCACCGUGGCUGCUUCACCCGCGGGGCACGGCGGCGGCUACCCGGGACACGGGGCAGCGGCGCCGGUGGUGGGGCCUAAGAAACCCCCCGAGCUCAUGGGAGGAGGCGCAGGAGGCGGCCACGGAGGCGCUGGAGGCGGCGGCGGAGGGGGGCUGGACGGACCCCGCCUGGCCAUUCCAGGCAUGGAUGGAGGUGCCCUUGCUGAAGCUAGUCUUACAGACUCCUACUUCAGCACCAGCUUCAUUGGUGUCAAUGGAUUUGGAAGUCCUGCUGAAGCAAAGUAUCCUGUGAUGCAGGUAAUGCCUCACUUGAGGAUGACAAAUAGCAGCAGUUCCCCUAGCCUUCUCAAUGACAGUGCCAAGCCGUAUGUGGGCCAUGAUCCUCUAACUUCACCUGCUUCGUCCUUGUUUAAUGACUUUGCUGCCCUCAGCUUAUCUCAAAGGAGGAAGCCAAGGAAGUAUCGACUGGGGAUGCUGGAGGAGAGGAUAGUUCCCGUGGGAUCAAAGGCACGGAAAUCAAAGAACACUAUUGGCUGCCUGGCUGACAGGUGUAAAACAGGAGUACCCAUCAAUAUGGUUUGGUGGAACAGAGUCACAGAAAACAAUUUACAGACACCAAAUCCUUCUGCAAGUGAAUUUAUUCCUAAAGGAGGAUCAAGCUCCCGACUUGGUAAUAUGCCACAGUCAAAUAUAUCUGCCUUCUCUCAAGCCUUGUUCUCUCAUCCUUCCGUGGGAGGUCCAGCAAAUGCUGGACUAGCUCCAGGAAUGUCGCUGUCGGCAGGAUCUUCUCCUCUUCAUUCCCCUAAAAUUACUCCUCACACAUCUCCUGCUCCUAGACGAAGAAGUCAUACACCAAACCCUGCAAAUUAUAUGGUGCCUAAUAGUGCCUCUACACCAGUUAGUAAUGCUGUCUCUCAGCCCCCAGCUACAGGCCAGGUGAUUCAGAAGGAAACUGUGGGUGGCACGACCUAUUUCUAUACGGACACAACUCCAGCACCUCUAACAGGAAUGGUAUUUCCAAAUUAUCACAUUUAUCCUCCAACUGCACCUCACGUUGCUUACAUGCAGCCAAAAGCAAAUGCACCUUCCUUCUUCAUGGCAGAUGAACUCAGACAGGAGCUGAUCCGCAGACACUUAAUUACGAUGACUCAGAUAGAUCAAGCAGAUAUGCCUACUGUCCCAACAGAAGUUGACAGCUACCACAGCCUUUUCCCUUUAGAACCACUGCCACCACCCAAUCGGAUACAGAAAACAAGCAACUUUGGGUACAUAACAUCAUGCUACAAAGCUGUAAAUAGCAAAGAUGAUCUGCCAUAUUGCCUUCGGAGGAUACAUGGUUUUCGUCUUGUUAACACAAAGUGCAUGGUGUUGGUUGACAUGUGGAAAAAAAUCCAACACUCAAAUAUUGUAACCUUGCGAGAAGUAUUCACCACUAAAGCAUUCGGAGAACACUCUCUAGUGUUCGCGUAUGACUUCCACGCUGGAGGAGAGACUAUGAUGAGCAGACAUUUCAAUGAUCCUAGUGCUGAUGCCUAUUUCACAAAAAGGAAAUGGGGUCAGCAUGAUGGACCUCUGCCUCGACAACAUGCUGGGUUGUUGCCAGAGUCCCUGAUAUGGGCCUACAUUGUGCAGCUCAGCUCUGCAUUGCGGACCAUACAUACAGCAGGAUUGGCCUGUCGAGUGAUGGACCCCACAAAGAUUCUGGUAACUGGCAAAACCAGGUUGCGAGUGAACUGUGUUGGAGUCUUUGAUGUGUUAACAUUCGAUAACAGCCAAAACAAUCCCCUGGCGCUAAUGGCUCAAUAUCAGCAAGCAGAUCUGAUUUCCCUUGGGAAGGUAGUGUUGGCUUUGGCUUGCAAUUCUUUGGCAGGAAUUCAGAGAGAGAAUUUGCAGAAAGCCAUGGAACUGGUGACAAUCAACUAUUCCUCUGAUUUGAAGAAUCUUAUUUUGUAUUUGCUGACUGACCAAAACAGGCUUCGAAGUGUAAAUGAUAUCAUGCCUAUGAUUGGUGCCAGAUUCUAUACUCAGUUGGAUGCUGCCCAAAUGAGAAAUGAUGUCAUAGAAGAAGACCUUGCAAAGGAGGUUCAAAAUGGAAGGCUAUUUCGGCUUCUUGCAAAACUGGGAACAAUCAAUGAGAGGCCAGAAUUUCAGAAAGACCCAACGUGGUCAGAAACUGGAGACAGAUAUCUUCUGAAGCUCUUUAGGGAUCAUCUUUUCCAUCAGGUGACAGAAGCGGGUACUCCCUGGAUAGACCUCAGUCACAUUAUCUCUUGUCUUAACAAGCUAGAUGCUGGUGUGCCAGAAAAAAUAAGCCUCAUUUCCAGAGAUGAGAAGAGUGUACUUGUGGUAACGUAUAGUGACCUAAAACACUGCUUUGAAAAUACUUUUCAAGAACUGAUUGCAGCUGCAAACGGCCAGUUGUAGUAUUUGUCGAAAGCAUGCAGGACAUUGCUGAGGAGUGUAACCAAUAGCAAAUUGCACUACAGCUGAAUUGUCGUCAUCUCAUUUCACAUUUCGGGAAACAAACAGCAGGAGAUGUUGCACUUCAGUCAGGUACACUGUUACUUGAAGGGAAGAAUGUUUUUGCUUACCCUUGAGCUCUGGUUGCCAUUGGAGGCUUUAUCUGUGAAGAAUUUAUUUUUUAAAAAGGAACACAUCAGGGGCAUAAUGUUCCUGCUUUUAUUUUUUCCACUCGUAUAUGCACUAAUUUUAAUUUUUUUAAAGACUUUCUGAUCUCUGAUAUUUUGCCACAUUGGAUACUUACUAAGGGAAUCUCUUUGCAAGGACAUUUCCGGGAUAAUCUUUUUUUGCCACUGAGUAUACUGCGGAUUUUAUUCGUUUUGAUAUUAUUUGCACCCCAGAGUACUAUAAAGGACCAGAUGAAUAAUUUCAUAGAAAUUGUGUUCUGUAAAUUACAGUGUAGCUUGUAACCUCUGUAAAAGUGUGUUGUAUGCCACCCACUGUUAGUUAACCAAUCAAAACCAGAAGACGCAUAUUUUUUUAAAAGAAAACAAAAUCAAGUAAGGUAUCAUAAAAACAUCAAAUGUAACCCUCUCCUCCUUUAUCUGGUUGAAGUUUUGUCUAAGCAAAAUAGCACCAUUUUAAGAUGACAAAGCAUCUGUAACUCCAGGAGCAUGUCCAAAUUGCUCUAAUCACAACCAGCGCCUUUUAAAUAAAAUAACUGUUUGUAUAUUUUCCUGCCAGUCAGAUGCAUUUACAUUUAUGCAAUUUUUAAUAGAAUUUUUUUUAAAAAAAACUUGUGUCACAAGCCUGAAGCUUCAGGAGUGUAUUCCUUUUAAGUUACUUACAGUAUAAUUUUUUUUGUAUAAAGUUCUGUUCUUUGAACCACAGCUUUAUUAUGGUACUUUACACUGGAUACAGAUACAAAGACACUGUUCAGAAGAUUGACUACACACAGCAGUUGUCUGGCAUUGAGAGCUUUUGAAGUUUUUAUAGCCUGAUUCUGGAGGAAUGUUGGUCUGCUGUGCCUUUGCAGUCACUGCUUAGCCCAAAGUAAUAUUACUUUUGAUGAUACUAGAGACACGGAUAUUCAGUCUUCAAGUCUGAAAAAAAAUUAACUCUCUGAUAUUGGACCCACAGUUGUCUGCACGCUUGGGUAUUCAAUGGAAUUUGUAGUAGAACACCUACACUUUCAUACUGAAGACUGCCAAAUAAGUAGGAUUCCCCACCCCCUUUUUAAAGCAGUAGUGAAGACUGUGCACGCGUGCGUGCAUGUGUGUACAUAUAUAUCUGCAUCCUUCUCCCAGCACUGAAUGUUUUAAUAGCACUGGGUGCUCACCAUGAAGAAAAUUUAUGGAAACUUUCUCCAGAAGGUCAGAACUGAUUCAGAGCACUUGCCACUGAUGUUACUGAUGUCCAUUUUGUUAAUUCUCAAUAUUUGUAACUUCAGAGAAAUUUUUAAUUCUGUCCAGUUUUAUAAGCUUUAAUGAUGACACUCCUCCUUUAGAUUUGCCUCAAGGAAAGCAACUCUCUUCAUAGUGGAGGCUGUUGAAGACUAACGGCACCCUUGACACCUUUAAGGAAACGUGGAGCCUGCAAAUAGUAGCAACAGUUGAUGAGCUUAAAUAAAUAAAAUCAGUUGUUUAAUCUGGACAUGUUUUAAAAAGGAAUAUAAUGUUUAAUAUUCAGAAAAUAACAGUUGCCAUAAUAUUGUUCUUUUUUAAUGUCAAAAGGAGCAGAGACUUUGAGAUACGAACAUGGCAAACCAGUCUUUUAUCAUUAGCUCAUGUAUUUGAGGAAGAGCAGCUGUCUUUUUAUAUGUUUUUGAAAAAUCAUAUUGUAAUUCUUUUGUACAAAAAAAGUAGUACUUGUAUUCUAGAAGAAAUAUUGAAUGCUUAAUUUAUAAGAGGGCUGAGGCUUUUUUCUUUUUCCCAGUAUUUUCUUUAAAAAUGAAAGGGGAUCAUCUCUUCAGUUGUGGGAAUUGGGAACCUUUGACAGAUUAUUUUGUGGACCAAUAUUUUGGGGAAAGCAAAGGCAGGGGUAACGUAGGGCUUCGAUCUCAUCCUCACUUAUACCAGCAAAAUCCACCUCUUUCCACGAGUUGCGUUUUGCAAACUUGUGACAUUACAUCAGUGCCCAUUGCUUUAGCCCUAGUAAUCUCAGGACUUGGUUUAAAGUAAAAUAAAUACAUAUAAAAAGUAGAAAGCCAAUAAGUUUCCAUAAGUAAAUGCCAUCCAGGAAAUAUUUGCUGUCGGGUAAUGUAUAGAACAAUGUGGAUUUUUUUGUUUGUUUUUUUGGUCCAUGUUUUUUCUGCUUUGGUGUUUUUUGGGGGAGAGCACUCAGAUCCAAUAUAAUUCCAUUUGGAAGGCUGUCCAGCAAUCAGCAUGUUCCAUUCAUAGGAAGAGUUACAUGUAUAAUCCCUAAAAACAGAGAAAUAAUUUUUUAAAAACCUCUCAAGGCAUACAUCUCUAUAUGGGGGAAUAAUUUUGACCUUCCUAUCUUUACAGUUGAAAGCACAGAAAGGACAACCUUUUAAAAUCAUGUGAUGUUUUUCAUUAAAAUGUUCCUAUCUGGUUUAGAUUGCUGCUUUUGGUUUUUUGUUUUGCUACACUGUAAAUACUUUGGGGGUACAUAAUGUAUUUUAAUUUUGCCCUUGUUCCAGUAAACAAUUUAGAUGUGAACAGCUUCCCCUAAAAAGCACCAGUAUGUUACAUUAUGAUGUCAUGAUCCCACUAUGUGUUACCUUUUUAAUCCUGUUUUUCAUUCUUUUCAUGUGUACAGCAGUAUUUUUAAUAAAGAAUACCAGAAAUAACAUA